CUGUAGAGGGUCCCGGGGCCUUAUGUGACCUGUGUUUAGCUCAAGUGUGCAGCAGCCUGGACGUUCUGUGCAGCAGGCGAGCAGACGGCUCUAUGUGUCUCAGCUGGGCCCCACUUUUCCCACAGGAGAUGGCUGACCAGUUACUGCAAAAGAUGGGUACUUUAGGGUUACUGAAUGACACAACUGUUGGCAUUUUCCGAAACUGCAAAGAGCUCCGCCUGCGCCGAGCCACCCUCCGAUCCUGUCCAGUGUCCGCAAAAGCUUUUCGCCUGGCUCUCUGCCCUCACCGGCUCCAGGAAUUAGACGUCUCCCACGUCUCUUUGGGCCUUACUGGUGCUGACAUUGUCUCAAGCCUGACCUCAAACCUGGAAUGCAAAUCUAGCCUGCAUAGACUGUCCCUUAAAGGGCUACGUCUGGACUGGGGGUCUCUGGAGGAGGAUGAUGAAGGACAUUGUGUUGGUUUUAGUGCCCUGCGUGGUUUAAGGACGCUCAACCUUGCAAACACAGACCUGAUAGAUGCCAUCCUUGAGGAUAUCUGCUCUCUCCCUCAGCUGGAGAGUCUGGACAUCUCAUGCAGCUCUGUAACAAAGCUUACCGCUCUCCUUGAUUGCAAGAGCACCUUGAAAUCUUUGAUCGCACACCAGCUGCAGCAGCUGGACAUGUCGCCCGCCAGGUUGCUGUCUGUCCUUAGCCAGCUUCACGCUCUCAGGCAUCUGGACUUUUCAUUUGAUCAUUUUACUAUGGAUGACAGUGAUGGGGGGGACGGGGAUGAAACAGUGAGGCAGCUUCUGGAAGGGAGUCCUCAGGUCCUGCCUUGUCUUGUCUCUCUCGAUAUCUCUGGACGGAGGAGAGUCACGGAAGCAGCAGUCAGAGCGUUUGUGGAGGCCAGGGGUGGAUUGACCUUCCUCGGCCUGUUAGCCACCGGGACUAGCUCCUGUGAUGUUCUGUCUACACGAAAAGACCUUAAAGUAGCUGGAGAGGCUAAUGAGAACCAGCUGUGUGAGGCCCUGAGACGCUACAGAGACCGCGAGUGUUUCAUACGAGAGGCCCUCGUUCGUCUCUACAAUCUAAUCACCGACAUUGACAAACCGCGACCCGAUAUGCUAAAGUUAGUGCUCAGCGGGAUGCAGAACCACCCCACCUCCCUGCACGUCCACUUGGUGGCGACAGCGUGUGUGUUCAACCUGACCACUCAGGACCUAGCUGAGGCCAUGCCUGUCAGCCUGCUCAGCUGCACUGUCACCCAGCUGCUGCAUGCCAUGAAGACCUUCCCCAACCACCAACAGGUGCAGAAGAACUGUCUGCUGGCGCUCUGCAGUGAAUAUAUCCUUCAGGAUGUCCCUUUUGACAAGUAUUUAGCAGCCACGCUGGUGAUUAUCUGGCUGAGCAGCCACGAGGAUCCCACCCUCCAGAGGAUGGCCGUGGCUGUCAUCUCCAUUCUGGUGUCCAAGUUGUCCACAGAGGAGACCGCUCAGCUUGCUAAGGACAUCUUUAUUAUGAAGCAGCUGCUGGCAAUCGUGCAGCAGAAAGCAAUGGUGGGAGUGGUGGACUCCACUCUGAAGUUCGCCCUGAGUGCUCUCUGGAACCUGACGGAUGAGAUGCCCACUGCUGCUCGCAAUUUCAUCGAGUGCCAGGGCCUAGAGCUGUACGAGGAGGUUCUUGAGUCCUACUACACUGAACCUUCAAUUCAGCAGAAAGUGCUCGGCCUCCUGAAUAACAUCGCAGAAGUGGAGGCGUUACAGUCUGACCUGAUGGGGGAGGAUCUGUUGGAACACAUCCUAAGCCUCCUGCAGGACUCCCAGGUAGAGGUGGGGGUGCGGUACUUUGCAGGGGGGAUCCUGGCACAUCUCACUUCCAGACGCGAGGCCUGGACCCUGGAUGACGAGCUUCGCAGCACUAUACUGGAGCAGCUGCAUGCAUCCAUAAUGACAUGGAGUCAUCUGGAGAGAGAGAUGGUCUCUUACAGAUCCUUUCGUCCAUUUUUGGGACUGCUGCAGACUUGUCAGCCCUCAGGAGUGCAGCUGUGGGCAGUCUGGGCCAUAAAUCUGGUCUGCAGUCAAAACACUUCACAUUACAGCAGCAUGCUGGAGCAGGAGGGCGUGACUGAACUUCUGAAGGCUUUGGCUGCACACACUGACACACACAGGGACAUUAAAGGGUUUUCGAACAGCAUCCUGGGAAUGAUAGACCCACACCAGAGUCACCAAGAACCCUUACAAAAGCAGAUUGGGCCUCGAAACUCUUAACAAAAGUGAUUGAUUGGGGGCUCUGCGUUUUGCCUCAGAAACGCAAGACUUAAGGCUACAGAUAUUGACUUACAGUUAAAUAUAUUUUUGAUAUAGAAAGUAUGAACACAUUUUUUGCUGUUAACUUAUUUAAGAUUUUUUAGCUUGAAUCCUGAAACUAGUAGAGAUCUGUUUCUGUUGCUGAUAAAAUCAGUGUUUGUAUUCUGAGGUUGACUUUCUGUUGAAUUUGAACAAGCGUGACCUUUACAAAGUGUCCCUAAUAAACUGGAGCUUACAUUGUAAA